ACCGGAAAUGCACGUAUUUUUCUUCCGGUAGUUAGCGUCCGUCGCAAUGUGGUGUAUGCUAACAAUAAUAAAUUGAAGUCUGUCUCUGCGCUAGAAGACAUUUGAUUGUCCUACUGAUAGCCCAGGAGCUAUGGAGGGUCCGUCCACUCGUUUAUGUGCCUCACAAGCUGGACUUCAGUCGCUGGCGGACAGGAGAGACUCCAGCGGGGAUGCAGAGUCUGACCCUGCUCGGGACAUGAAAACACACUUUCGGGUCUGUCGCUUCAUUAUGGAGUCAGGAGUGAAGUUGGCUAUGCGCUCCGUACCCGUGGUCACAGCAUGUGUGUUGUACCACCGUUUCUUUGAACGUGCCAGCUUGUGUGCCUACGAGCCCUACCUGGUGGCCAUGAGCUGCAUGUACCUGGCUGGCAAAGUGGAGGAGCAGCACAUCAGGACUCGUGACAUCAUCAACGUCAGCCACAGGUAUUUCAACAGCGGCAGCGCUCCUCUAGAAUGUGACAAGGACUUCUGGGACCUGAGGGACAGUGUGGUGCAGUGUGAGCUCCUCAUCCUCCGACAGCUCAACUUCCACGUCUCUUUUGAGCACCCUCAUAAGUAUUUACUGCACUACCUGUUGUCUGUGAAGUCGCUGGUGAACCGCCAUGCCUGGUCUCGAACCCCCAUUGCUGAGACUUCCUGGGCAUUGCUUAGAGACUGUUACCAUGGAGCCAUGUGCAUCCGCCACACACCCCAGCACAUCGCCAUAGCAAUGCUGUACCUGGCUCUAAACAGCUAUGGAGUGGAGCUGCCCGUCGGGGACAAAGAGUGGUGGCAGGUGCUGUGUGAGCACGUGACCAAAGCAGACAUCGAUGCUGUGAUCUCAGACCUUCUUCAGCUCUACGACAUGGAGGCCAAGUGUAUCUGAAGGACACGCCCACAGACCUCCUCAUGGGAGACACAGGAGAGUUGUUUUGUCUGUGUAUGUUUACUUGUGCUUGUUUCUGUGGGGCAUGAAUUUGUGUACCUGCACAGCCGUUAUUCCCUGCAUGUAAAUGUUGGGGUUCAGGUGCACCUAUGUACUUGCAUCCCCGUGUGUGUGUGUAUAAGAAAGAGAGAGAGCACUUUGUACUGGCCCAGUCAGGCUGUGAGCUGUGACAGAAACACACCUGCAUUACUGCUUCCAGUCAGCAUGGGGAGACAUUUCUUGCUUUUUGGUCUCAGCCCUGGGAUAUGUCAUCAGCACCAAGUUUCUCAGAAACACCUCAGCCAUCAGCAGCAGUAAUCUUCAUCACAGUACACACAUAACAGGCUUGAACAACAGAUACCGCUGUAUGGAUUCGAUGGGGGAAAUCUAAAGUUUACCACACAGGUGUUAUAAAUAAUUCAAUCAGUGAUUCCAAGGAAUCAAUGAAGAUACAUGCUGAUGUCAAUUAGAUAUUUAUUAUUAAAUGGUAUUAUCCUAACAUGCAUCUGCAUCAGGAUAACACUAGACUACUGCUAAAUAUAUAGUUGAGGAUAAGGCUUAAUUGUCUAAUUAGAAUCCAGUGCAACUUGCUGCAUAAAAUCUACACAUUAACAAGGAAAAUGGGAUGUUCUGUGCAGGAUCUCAGUACUUAUCCUUAAUCUUUAAGAUGCAUGAAAUAACUUAUCUUAACAUUGCAUGUUAUUAUGUAAAAGGUACAGUAACUAGUGAAUACAUCUGCUUAAAAACCUCUACACAUCAGAAGUGAUAGAUGAAGCCUUUCCCUGCGUUGUGUUGUCACUUCCAGAGAUAUUUUCAUGAAUGAGAAUAUGUGGGCCAGGAUCUUUUGUAUGCUUUAGACUUCUGUUUCUGCUGUUAAAAUUACAUAGAUUUAAUUUGGACUGUUGUGUUGUUCAAAGUGAGCUCUGCAGAUGCUAACCUGUCUGUCCUGUUUCAGUGAUGUGUCCGGUGGUAUUCACAAUGUUGUUUGCCCCAGUGGAUCCCAUGACAAGACCAAAACCAACAACACGUUGACAGUACUUAUUACUUACUUAUUGUGUGUGUGUGUGUGUGUGUGUGUGUGUGUGUGUGUGUCAAAGCCUGUUGUAUCUUAUUCCUCUGAGCCAUAGAGUUGCUGUGUUGUCUUAAAACUUUUUAAAGCAUAUGACUGAGCCAGGGCGGCACGGUGACACAGAGUUUAGUGCUGUCGCCUCAUAGCAAGACGGUUCUGGGUUUGUACACAGGCUGACCUGGGGCCUUUCUGUGUGACGUCUGCAUGUGCAUCUCCCUGUGCCUGCGUGGGUCCUCUCUAGGUACUCCA